UGCUCUGACUUCCAAGUACACCCGGACUGCGCCUCAAUCAGUGAAUCCAAACUUACAUUCUUCGAGACGAUCUUCAAGGUCUGUGUAGCAUUCCGACGUCGAACAAAGGACAUCUCAUCAGAGCGUUUACAAUUCUGGUAUAUUUCGCGGGAUGAUUGAGUCACCAGAAUGUGCCGUCUUCAAAACACUACAGACAUCAUCCCCAAGGCUUAUCUCCGGUACGAAUCUGGAGAGGCGGGGUACAUUUAUCUGAAGACUUACAGUAGAUAGCACUGAUGAUCUAUUCUGCUUCAGCUUCAUAUUCCAUCAUCACUCUUCUUCUCUCUUUGUUCUACUAUCUCUGAGUCUGGCAUCCCAGGAGAUCUGUCGCACAACUGCCAGCAGCAAUCACCGACCUUCGUGUCAUUACCAAUAUGGACAUCCUCAACCUGCCCCAAGAACUCCUAAGCAAUAUCCUCUCCUUUCUCCAUCCUCAAGACAUAGUUCAAUUCGGACAAACAUGUAAAGAUGCCCACCACUUCAUCAAUCCCAGCAACCAAAUCCUCUGGAGAUCAGCGUUUCUACAUAUUUUCGACGACCCAAAAGACGCUUGGUGGCUGAUGCCUGGAUCAACCACUCAUAUCUCCAAGAUCACUGACUGGUAUUGGCACGAAGAACUCGUGCGAAGACUGUCAGCUCUACGAGCCAUUCGAUCAAAAUGGGUAGCAGCAGACGAGAAUUCUCGUGCUGAGGCACAUCUCGACGCCCUGCUGAAUAUCAUCGACACCGCCAAAUUCACCCCCACAGCUCGGGACAUUGCCAAUGGCAGAACUCCCCUCGAAGACGACAGAUACCUGUCGCUCAACAUGCAGAUCCUCGCAGACACAGAUCAAUUCCGAGCAGGUCUCGAGAACCUCAUCCACGACUGCGGCACACUCGGCUACAUGAGAUAUGCAGGAUCCGACGGCAACCCAUGGAACUCGCCGCGCCGACCCGUGACACGAUCCAUGACAUGGAUCGAGAACGAAAGAAAUCGACCAGAAGCCGCUUCGAGGCUGCACGUCAUGUUCGGUCUGACCGUGCGCGAACGAAUCGAACACAAAGCUCGCGGCGCCGCCCGGCGUAAAGUCUACGACUGGGGUCUCAGCGGACCAGACAACGACUAUGGUCCUUUCAAACGUGACGGUACCGGCCAAGUAGACUGGAGUCUCCUCGAAGGUGUGCAUAGUGUCAUCGCACGCAACUUCGCCAUGUGUGUCGAAGGUCACAUAUCGAUGCCUCAAGGUUUCUGUUUCUCCAUUCCUCACCGCACCUUACAGGAUCCAACCGUGCCGGCUGACUGGGCACGGGUCUCGGGCUCCUGGCUAGGGACAUAUUCAUUUCUCGACUACGCCGACCUCUACGCCUUUAACACCUGGGACGAGCAACUCGGUGCGCGACCGACCUUGGAUGACGAGCCCGAAGCAUGCGGCGAUUUGAUGAAGCUGGAGCUGAAGCUCGACGACAGCCUGUCCUCAGAUCCAAGACUACAGACCCUGCUACCUGUAUCCCAUGAUCUGCCUGUGCUGUACUUCUCGGGCCUAUCACGAGCACACGCCGGCAUGCACAGACCUGUCAUUGGUGUACGAGGGACUGCGAGCCUCGUCCCGGGCGGAAGAGAAGUGAGAUGGCGGUUCAUUAUAUCGUAUUCUGGUCAUGAUCAGUGGCAGUUGGAAGGUGUGCAACCUGGCGGUGUGAGAUCAGGUGGAGUCUUUGGUUUGUGGUCGCAAUGUGAUCAUGAAGACAAUGGGCCUGUUGGACCAUUCUGUUACUUCCCAAUGGAAUUGUGCAAGCCCACAAGCGUUGUACUUGUAAGCUGAGAAUGACAGAAUGCAAAUAUAUGAUACAAGUUAUGCACCGUCCGCCGGUCCUCAUGGGGCACAGUCUCUGCAAACUCCGAAGGUUCAUGAUCCAGCCUUGAUUCGUCGUUCCAUAUCUCGUCCUCCAUCCUCAUCAAUUCGUAUCUCAUGUCAUCGUAAUCAUCCUGUCCACCAGGCAAAUGCCUAGCUCGGCAUCAUCGAAGGUUGUACACUUGAGUAUUUUGUCGAUCACCAGUCCGAACGAUCCU